AUGGAUCUGGUGAACGGCGUGCUCAACUGGGUGGGGACGCCGGCGAUGGUGGCCAGCCUGCUGCUCUUCUACCCGCCCUACUACCUCUUCAAGACGUGCUACUCCUUCCUCUCCUGGCUCUUCCCCGAGGACCUCACCGGCAAGGUCGUGCUCAUCACCGGUGCUUCCUCCGGCAUCGGCGAGCAACUGACCUACCAAUACGCGUUGAAGCGGGCCUCUCUAGCCCUCGUCGCUAGAAGGGAGUCGAGCCUCCGGCAGGACGUCAACUUCUGGGGUUCUGUUCAAACGACGUUCGCUGCCCUGCCUCAUCUGAAGAGGAGCCGAGGGAGAAUCGUGGUGACUGCAUCUGCAACCCGAUGGAAUCCAGUUCCUAGAAUGAGCUUCUAUAAUGCUGCCAAUGCUGCCCUCAUAAACUUCUUUGAGACGCUGCGGACCGAGCUGGGAAACCAAGUCGGGAUCACGGUGGUGACGCCCGGGUGGAUCGAGUCCGAGAUGUCGAAAGGGAAAUACCUCAAGGAGCAUGGCGAAGUGGAGGUUGAUCAAGAAAUGCGCGACGCUCAGAUUGGUCUGUUCCCGGUGGAGUACGCCAAGAACUGCGCCAAGGCCAUGGUGCAAGCGGCGCAGCAAGGCGAGCCAUACCUCACCGUGCCGGCGUGGUUCGGGGCGAUGUACCUGUGGCGGGUGUUCGCGCCAGAGGUCGUCGAGGCCUGUUACCGCCUCCUGUACAUGCACGGCCAUGGCGCCAGGCAGGCCGACACGGCAAGCAGGACGAUGGCCGAGUCUGGCGGCAAGCAGCUGCUGUACCCGACCCCGCUGCAUGCGCUCUGUGGAGAUCAAGAGUGA